UCAAUUAGAAGUAUCGCUCGUGCGCAGUUCGCCGAGGGUUUGAACUUUAGUGCUUUUCAUUAAUUCUGAAUAUUUCCCUCUGCCUGCAUGGUACCCCAUACUCUUCCUUUUCUCUUCUUUUCUACUUGCUACUUUGUUUCUGCGUGGUCGUCUUCCCUUUCCCCUUCCUUUACAAACAGUUAUUGUGUGUCUGCAGGUUUUAAGCAAGGUUCAUAACCAGCUGCUGCAGAUUGCAGAUGAACGUGCUCAGUCAGCAGAACAAAAAGCCCUACAGCUUGAACGCCAACUACUCAGUCUUCGCGACAAAUAUGGUCAUCCUGAAACAUCUCACCUUUCUAUAUACGUUUACUCGUCCGUCAACCUACACCUCCACACUUGGAGGAUACCCUUCUUUCUCCUCCACCCUCCUCCCUCCCUGCACAUCAUCUUCUCCAUACUCCCUGUCCACCUCACUCUCCACCCAUCUCCCUCCCUCCACCUCCCUGGAGCCCUUCAAACUCUCAUUCUCACUGCCUUCUUCCUCGCCUUCCCCGCCCACCACUGAUCAUCUGAGACCACUCGCUGACUCUGAGAGAGCAGCUCUGCCUACCUCAACUGGAUCAUUUUCACAUCCCUUGCCGUCCAGUAGCGCUGAUGAACAUACUAGUCUUCUCAAACCAAGUACAGUUCUUGGUAAAGGAGCUGGGAGUGGUAAACAUGAUGUCAUAUGGGACCCAGUGGUGACAUCAUCAUCCUCUGAACUAGGACAAGACACUAUUGGAACUACUCUACCAUCAGUUGAACUUCCUACACCUGAAUUCUCUCUACCGCCUCAUGAUAGCAGUAGCAAAGGAGACAAGGAGUCAUCAAGCAGUGAUUGGUCCAGCAGUGACGAAGAUGAUGAUGAAGGAGAUGAAGCUCCUCUGCGUCCCUCCACCCACUCUGCACUCCAGGCUCAGUGGGAGUGGAGAACCAUGGCUGACUCCCUUCCUGACAAUUCUCCAAUGGGAACAGGCCACACCCCCAAGAAGAAGCCACCACCAAUAGCUCCCAAGCCGAGAGUAUCGUGGACUCACUCAUUACCAACCACUGACCUCAACUACCAACUGACAGAAGACCCUUCUUCCUUCUCUCAGGUCCAGGCAACUCAUGUCAGUGACCUGACCUCUCUGACCUCCAGUUUUCCUAGACCCAGGGGACCACAGGGAAGAAAUCUACCAUCAAGACUCUACAAGUAG